AGUGUCCAACCAAUCACAGAGUGUUAGUGUAUUAUAUUUUAUGAGUUAGAGUUAUUUUAUAUUUUCGGAGUUCAUUAUCUUUUGCCAUAAGAGGAGCACCGUUUCUUCGCACCAUCGCUUCUCUUUGCAGUUCAAGUUAUAUUUAAAACGAUGUCCAACACCUCACAAGUUAUUACAUGCAAAGCUGCUGUAUGCUGGGGGAUGGGAAAGCCUGUGAUGGUGGAAGAGAUACAAGUAGACCCUCCAAAAGCAACUGAAGUACGAGUCAAGAUGCUUUGUGCCAGUAUAUGCUCCACUGACAUAGCAAGCACACAAGGAUUCCCACAUACCAAUUUUCCUCUAGCACUUGGACACGAAGGAGUUGGUGUUAUAGAAAGCGUUGGGGAUCAAGUGACAAAUCUGAAAGAAGGGGAUAUGGUGAUUCCCACAUACAUAGGCGAGUGCCAAGAAUGUGAGAAUUGUGUUUCGGAGAAAACCAAUUUGUGUCUGACAUACCCUGUGAGAUGGACUGGUCUAAUGCCAGAUAACACUUCAAGGAUGUCCAUCAGAGGCCAGAGGGUAUACCAUGUUUUAAGUUGUGCAACAUGGUCAGAGUACAUGGUUAUUGAUGCCAACUACAUUCUCAAAGUUGAUUCAAGCAUUGAUCUAGCCCAUGCCAGUUUCAUCUCAUGUGGGUUUUCUACUGGUUUUGGAGGUGCUUGGAAGGAAGCCAAGGUUGAAAGUGGAUCAAGUGUAGCUGUUUUCGGUCUUGGGGCUGUUGGAUUAGGGGCUGUAAGUGGAGCCAAAAUGCAGGGAGCGACCAAGAUAAUUGGAAUUGACAAAAAUGAAAUGAAGAGAGAAAAAGCAGAAGCUUUUGGAAUAACUGACUUUAUAAAUCCCAGUGAUUCUAAUAAAUCUAUUUCAGAAUUGGUCAAGGAACUAAGUGGUGGAAGAGGUGUGGACUAUUCCCUUGAGUGCACUGGAGCUGCCCCUUUACUCACUGAAUGCUUGGAAGCCACAAAAAUUGGAACCGGUAAAACAAUAGUAAUUGGAACAGGAGUUGAACCUGUUUUGCCGUUGGGUCUUCUUACCAUUCUGCUUGGUAGAACUUUGAAAGGUUCUGUUUUUGGAGGCCUAAAAACCAUAUCAGACCUUUCCUUUAUAGCCAACAAAUGCCAGAAAGAGGAAUUCCCUCUUCAAGAACUCUUCACCCAUGAGGUUACAUUGGCAGAUAUAAACAAUGCGUUUGAGCUAUUGAAACAGCCCAAUUGUGUCAAAGUUGUCAUUAAAAUGUCAUAUUAGUUGCAAUUUAUGUCUAUUUCAUUAUAGUUUCUGAUGCAUUAGACUUAUGUGAUGUUUAUUAUGUUUGAAAAUUUUUAGACAAGAAGGAGAAAGUUUAUAAACUUUCAAAAAUAAUUUUAUUUCAUAUUUUCAAGUUAUUUUAAUUUAAAAGAUUUUAUACUAAUUUCUUUC